AUGUCAUGUGACCUGUCCACUUUAUCAGCUGUGCUGCUGUUGGUGGCACAGCAGCAGCAACAACAGUCGCGACAACAACGACAAAUUGAUCAUUAUUCAAUUUUUCACGCUCAUAAUUUGUUCGUAGACGAUGAGACGGUUGAGUCAUUUGAUACGCAUAGUUUUAAUUAUAUCAAUAACAAUGACAUGAACAAUAACAAAAAUGACAUUAACAACAGCAACAACCACCACAAGAUUAAAAUCUUCAACAACAACAACAUCAUCAACAACAACAAAAACAACGACAUAAACAACAAUAUAAAAAAAAUCAACAGUAAUCUUAAUCACAAAAAUAUCGUCAACAGUGACAUAAUCAAGAAAAAAAAUCGGAAUAAUUUGAUCAAUUCAGAAAAGGACAACAACAACAAUAACAACAAUAUUAAUGACGAUGAAAUUGAUAUUAAUUAUAAUGGCAAUAACGAUGACAACAAUGAUGAUGGUGGUGAUGAUGAUGAUGAUAGCAACAACGAGACAUCACACGGAGACUCAACUACUGCUUAUCGGGGUAACCAUGUGGAAAAAGAAGGCUUAGAAUACUACAUCAAAAACACGCAACAACGUACAAGCAACAAGCAACCAGAUACAGGCAACACACAACAACAUACAACCAAACCGCGACAACAUACAACCAACACGCAACAACAAGUAGGCAUAACGCAACAACAUGCAGCAGCUAUGCAAUAUCAUACAGACAGUAAAACAGGCAUUGUUCAUUUAUCAACUAUUCAAAACAACAACAGUAACGACAACAACAACACCAGUGACCCAAAUUUCAGCAAAAACGUCAAAAUUGCUAACCACACAAACACAAAAAAACUGAACAACAACAAAAAGAACAACAGCAUUCGGAGAUCGCUGAUGGAGUUGAGCACGUUGGAGUACGACCCAGGAAGAGCAGAGUUCGUACGCAACAACAACAAACACCAACUGAACGCCACCUUUUCCAAACUUGGCAGCAUCAAAAACGUCGAGACUUCCUUCCUCAAACAGAUAAACAAAUAUGAUCCAUCAUUGUAA